AUGAUACCUCUUUCCUUGUCUUGGAGUGUUGGUGUGGUGUUGUGUUGGAUUUCUCUGUGGCCUGAACUCCAAUCAGCACUAUCGCCCGAGAACGAGGUGCCCCUUCGCCCCACCACAUGGCUGCCGGAGGGGAAGAUCACCCAUGUCAGGCUGCCCAAAGGAAAGACUGUCAGGCUGUACUUCACCUUAAAGAAGAAGACAUCAGGGAUGUCACUGACCGUUAGCCCGUGUGAUUUACGGAUUGAGUGGAGUUUAACAGCACGGACACUGAAGGAUAAGCCAUUCAAGAGUCUUCAGUGGAUGACAAAAAAGAGCACUCCGGAGGUUUGGUGGCGUGGUCCAGGCAACGAGGAGAAAAUCCACAGCUUCUCUGGAAACUCACUGCACACGUACAGCGGCCCCACUCACUUCCACGCCUCCAUCUACAUCCUGAGACUGCGCUCCAAACUGCACAACUCCAAAGCCACCGUCUUCCUCCACGAAGGCAAAGGACCAUCCGGAGCCUUCCCACUGCUCCCAAACGACACAACUGUUCACACGCUGGGAGUUGGGAUGACCAGUGUCACUUUGAAUUGGUCCCCAAGUCCUUCGUUGACCUCCCAAAAAGGAUAUGAAUACUGCGUUUUGGUCAACUCCCAAAAUAACUACCCCAGUCUGUGUGCCGCGCAGGACAGCAUCCAGAGAAAGUCCGAGGUCGUUCAGAACAGAAAUGAGAAGAAACGGGGAAUGACACCAUGGCCGAUUUUAAAAGAGUGGUGGUGGGAGCAGUGGGACAGCUAUCCAGACUCAAAAGACACGGAUAAAUUAGAAGAUUUCCAGUGUGUGUGUAAAGGAGCAGAGAACGUAUGCACCGUGUCUGAGCUCCUACCUGACACUCAGUAUUACUUUGAUGUAUUUGUGAUGGAUAAGCUGAACAGGACCAGCGUGGCAUACAGAGGCUCAUACGCCCGGACCCACGAAGAAGCACGAGCGGAUAUAACCACGCUGAGAGAAGGGGAGCUCCGGUGGGUCAACUUUCCAGACAGGAGCUUCAACUCGGAGCAGUUCUUCAAUUUCCGUCCACAAGGCUGGCAGCAGAGCGGCCUUCUAACGCUGCAGAGCUGUGGCAGAGAUGAACAGAUCAAGGUCAUAGUGUCCAGUAAAGGAGAAGUGCUGGAGACUCAGAAAAUAGGAGGGGAAUUGGUGCAGAUUUGGCUUCAGGGAAGUCCAUCUUAUUUGAUACACUUGGAGAGAGAAGGGACUCCAUCAAAGAAGAUUCCUCUACCAGCAGGACUGACGGCAUCAGUGAAGAUGCAGACUUCUUCUGCCUAUCACAAAAGAGCUGUCCCAUCACUGCCCUCAACUUUACAGAUUAAGUCUUUCAACAAACUGCGCACAUGUAACAGUGUGACGAUAGCCUGGAUGGGAACAGAGGAGCGGAGUCUCUACUGCGUCUAUCGCAGGAAAUUAGACAGUCAAGAAGAGUCUGGUAAAGCGUUAGCUCUGAAUACCCCAUGUCUGGGCCCAGAAUCCCGCUCUGACACAGAAAGGGUCCUCUGUAAAUAUUUUCAGGAGCUCAAUCCCAGGCGCGCUGUCACUACAGCUGUGAUCAGCGGCCUGGAGCCUGGAAUGGCCUAUGUGUUUGAUGUCUAUCUAAUGAGACGCUGGGGGAUUCCUAUCAAAUACACAAGUAAGAUGGUAAAGACAAGAAGAGACUGCUGA